GCUUCAACGACUUAGGCUUCUUCCCAUGAUCAAUCCUCAUUAGUGAGACUUGUCUAUAUUUCUUUGAUGGUUUUCUGAGAAAAUGCAUCUCUCCAAACUUCCAUUGCUGCUAGCGCCGUUACUCAAUGCCGCUGCGGUGCUCUCCGACCAAGCUCCUGCAGAUGAUUUAUCAGUCUUGACCAACGAGGUUGCAAGAGCCAACAAUCAGUCUCUACUAUGGGGUCCUUACAAGCCGAAUCUGUACUUUGGCGUUCGCCCUCGUAUUCCUAACAGCUUGUUUGCCGGGUUGAUGUGGGCCAAUGUGGACAAUUAUGCCACGGCGCAGCAGAACUUUAGGCACACAUGCGAACAAAAUGAGGGAAUGGCCGGCUACGGCUGGGACGAGUACGAUAUCCGGAAGGGUGGCCGCCAGACGAUCCACGACGAAGGCAAUGCUCUCGACAUGACAAUUAAUUUCAUCAAGGUCCCCGGUGGACAGCACGGAGGCAGCUGGGCUGCUCGAGUGAAAGGUGUGCCCCGCGAGAACGGCUCCCCCGACCAGUCUACAACGGUUGUUUUCUAUACGGGAAUGGAGGGACUCGGAAAUCUGGGCGUGACCAUCGAAUCCGAGGACCCCCGCGGUUUCGAAGGUGAUGUGAAGCUUACUGGCUAUACAUCGGAUCUUGGAGCAUUCUCCAUUGAUGUUACUGCUGGCCCUGGAAGCAAUGAUCACCCGGAGAAUGACCACCCGUCCUACGAUGAGAAGCCCCUGGACCGUACAUUGGUCUCCAGCUUGGCUCUAAACCCGGAACAGCUCUGGCAGACCAAAGUGAUCUUGUUUUCCCAAAUGAAGGAAGAGGUCGAUGCUGCUAUCGAGAAGCAUGGCCAGGAGAACCCUCCGCCUGCUUCCCAACUAUUCACUAUUAAGAAUCAACCCGGUGAUGGCAACAUCCAUCUUGUGCAGAAGGUCUUUAAGGGGUCAUUUGAGUUCGAUAUCCUUUUCUCAUCUGGAUCCGCACCACUACCUUUGACAUCGGAUAUCCUGACUGAGCAGAUCAACACUGCAUCUCUCGCUUUCUCUGAUAGAUUCAACCAAAUCCAUCCCCCGCAAGCUCCCUUUGACACAGCAGAAUAUUUGCAGUUCUCCAAGUCAAUGUUGUCCAACCUUGUUGGUGGAAUUGGUUACUUUCAUGGUACAGACAUUGUUGAUCGAUCCGAGGCACCUGAGUACGACGAGGAGAAUGAGGGCUUCUGGGAAGAGACCGCAGAAGCCCGUACGCGUGCUCGUCCAGUCCUCGAAGGACCUAAGAGCCUCUUUACUUGCGUCCCUUCCCGCCCCUUCUUCCCUAGAGGCUUUCUCUGGGACGAGGGUUUCCACCUGAUUCCUGUUGUUGAUUGGGACAUGGAUCUAGCUCUUGAGAUUGUUAAGAGCUGGUUCAACCUUAUGGAUGAGGAUGGUUGGAUUGCUCGAGAGCAGAUUCUCGGCUCGGAGGCUCGUAGCAAAGUCCCGCCAGAGUUCACUAUUCAAUAUCCUCAUUAUGCCAAUCCCCCGACACUCUUCAUCAUUCUGGAGGCUUUCAUCGAAAAACUCGAUGCCAGGAAGAACGCUUCCGUCAACCAGCCAACUGACUAUGAGAUCACGGAGGGACUUAACUCGGCUUUCGUAGAGACUCCGGAGUUGGGUGACGCUUAUAUGCGCUCGAUUUACCCUCUACUCAAGAAGCAUUACUCGUGGUACAGAAAUACUCAGUUUGGAGACAUCAAGUCCUACGACAGGGAAGCAUUCUCUACCAAGGAAGCGUACCGCUGGCGGGGACGAUCAGUUCAGCACAUUUUGACCUCCGGUUUGGAUGAUUACCCGCGGCCUCAGCCUCCUCACCCUGGUGAGCUGCAUGUCGAUUUGAUCAGUUGGAUGGGCAUGAUGACCAGAGCCAUUCGUCGUAUCGCCGAAGCUCUUGGAAACACAGAAGAUGCCGAAGAAUUCAAGAACUACGAGAUCGCUAUUGAGCGCAACAUUGAUGAUUUGCACUGGGACGACGACGCGCAGACGUACUGCGAUGCCACGAUCGACGAAUACGAGGAGAGUGUUCAUGUGUGUCAUAAGGGCUACAUUUCAAUCUUCCCGUUCCUGACUGGAAUGCUGGGCACUGAUAGCCCUCGCUUGAAGGCUGUUUUGGAUCUCAUUGGCAACCCGGAAGAACUCUGGAGUGACUUCGGUAUCCGAAGUUUGAGCAAGAAGGAUGAGUUCUAUGGCACCGAUGAGAACUAUUGGAGAAGUCCCAUCUGGGUUAAUAUCAACUAUCUCGUGGUCAAGAAUCUCUAUGAUGUUGCAAUCAAACCCGGUCCUCAUAGUGAACAAGCCCGUGAGCUGUAUUCCAACCUGCGAAAGAACUUGGUCGAGAAUGUCUUCAGACAGUGGAAGGCAACUGGAUUUGCUUGGGAGCAAUACAACCCUGAGACUGGACAAGGCCAGCGGACACAGCAUUUCACCGGCUGGACAAGUAUGGUUGUAAAGAUCAUGUCCAUGCCCGAUCUUCCCGCCAGCGGAGCAGAGGGCCACGACGAACUGUGAACAUAGGCCGGUGAAGUUAUCUUGAGGCG